GGUUAUCUAACGCUGUAAGCAUUCCGUGGGGCGCGUAAGGAUGUCUUGCGCUAGCCAGUGUUAGCAAUGGUUCAACUUGGAGGUACUAGAUCGUAUGUUAAGAUUGUGCAAAACCGUGUGCAACAGCAGGCACACCGCUUGCAGCGACUUCUGCAUAGUAUUCUAAUGUCAGUAGGUCUCAGUAGAGCCUGUCUAUAUGUUUUAGGAGCGGCAAUACUGUCGUGGUGCUGCUGUUGAUGGAGACGUAUGUUUUAGAGCGAAACCAGGCGCUUCGCAGAACAAGC